AUGGUGAAUCAAGAAAACGACGCUUCUUCUUCCUUCACCGAUUUCGCGGAGGAUAUUCAGGUGUGCAUCCUCUCCUUCCUUGCCCCAUCGGAAAUCGCCACCGUCGCCUGCACCUCCAAGCAAUUGGGUUCUCUCUGCGCCGGCGACUCCAAGCUGUGGUUGAGUAUGUGCGAGCGCAGGUGGGGUUCCAAGACCCGCAUCACCCAAUGGGGCAAAGCCAAGGGUUCAAUAUCCUACAAACACCUCUACAAUACCCUCCACCACUGGGAAAAUCUUCUCGGCUUCUGGCGCCGCAGCGGACCCGGAACCCCUUCGUUGCUCUUCUUCGAGUGGGGCCCGUCGUUUAUCUCAGCUUCUAGGGUUUCUCCUUCCAAAUCGGUCAGCUACGGAGUCACCAAGACGCCGUUCCUCUGGAUGAGCCUCUCCGAGGAGGGGCACGCGGUUACUUUUCUCGACCCCGAUGGAAAGCCCGGUGUGAAACCCGAGGUUCAGAACGAAUUGGUUGCGGUGGAUGUUUGUUUCAUGGGAAACACGCACUUUCUUGUGGAGGAGAAACAGUUUAGGGGUUCUGUCAGUGAUGAUUGCGGAGAAGAGGUUGUGGAGAGUGGAUCGCCGCCGGAGAAACUGAUGGCGGAGAUUUAUCAGCAUUUUGCGAACCGGCGGAGUCCAGUCGGGGACCGGUCCCGGAGGCAGCGGCGCAGGGAGAAGGAGAGGCUCGCCAGGCGGAAGUGGGAGCCUCAGCAUUUUGUCAAGAUUGUGAAUUGCUCGCCGACACCGGAGAGGCCCUUGCAGGGCCUCUGGAAGGGAAUUUGUGGUGACAUGAGUCUGGUAUUUUACCUUGUGGCAUAUGAUGAUAUUGGGGGCAUUUCCUGCCGGUGGAUUGGCGAUCCUCAAGAGCGUUUUGCAGGAUAUGCCCCAGUUUUCUGGACGUCGAAUGCUACAUUUCUGGAAUCUCCCUUUUCUCUGGAGGAAGAAUCUCUGUAUGACAGUCGGGUUCAUUUUAGACCACUUCAACCGGACAAUGAAACUCAUGAGCAGCUCCCUUUGUCGGAUGGUGAAGUGGUGAAUCGAAUUCAGCAGGUCCAGUUGCCAGACAAUGUGGUAAACAGAAUUCUUCACAUAAGCUCAAGUUAUGAUUUAGUUGUUCCAGAACUUGCCGGGACAAUAAAUCCAAGGAAUGCAGAGGGAAGGAUUUGGCAGUACCAGAAUGGUACUUUUGGAUUUGGAUUCCUUACAGAUAAUUUUGUUGUAGACAUGAAACAUAUUGUACGUAAUGGUUGCCUUGUCGAUAUUGUAAAUUCUUCUUCCGAUUGA